UGUAAACAGUGAAUUCUUCACAUUCAGCAGUAACUAUGCAGGAUGGUUACAUGAAAUGAGAAUGAGAGUUCUUCGCCGAAAAAUCGUGUUGGUUGUGGUGGCUGCAUAUGUUGCUUUUUCAUUAUAUGCGGCAUAUAAUGUAUUCUUCAAUAAGAGGGUUAUGUCUCGGGUCCACAGAGUGGUGAAGAAGGGGUCUGUUCUUGUUGCAGGUGAUGCUAAAGUAGACAGCAACAAGCACAUGCUGGCUCAAUCUGUGGAGAAGGAAUGGAACCCUUGGGAGGAGGAUGAACUGGCAAAAGAAACCAACGUCGACCAGAAACGCAGGGAUGUCUUCAAAGAACAGUUAGACUUGAUUGCCAAGAGCAGACCUAAAAGAUACAAAGUGCAGAUAUGGGGCAAAGCAGCCAUAGGUCUCUACUUGUGGGAGCACAUAUUGGAGGGUCCUCUGAAUCCCACGGAUAAAACGGGCCAGUGGAGGGAGGGGGAGAUCCAGUCUGGCAAGAUCAACUUUAGUUUUUACACUGGCCCCGCAGUGGUGCAGGGCCACAUCCCUGUGGACACGGACAGCGUGGUGCUAGUAUUGAACGGCCGUGAGCAGCAGAAGAUUUCCUACUCCACACAGUGGUUGCAGCACGCCCAGGCGCUCCUCCAGGCUCGCACCCUGAGCCACGUGGCCGUGGUGCUGCUGGGCAGCGAGCAGUGCACCAACGACUGGAUCAGCCCCUACCUCAGGCGCCACGGAGGCUUUGUGGACACACUCUUCCUGGUCUACGACAGCCCCUGGGUCAACGACAAGGACGUCUUCCAGUGGCCUCUGGGGGUGGCCACGUACAGACACUUCCCCGUCAUUCCGGCAAGUGUGCAGCUGGUGAGCAACGCUAGGCCGUACCUCUGCAACUUCCUGGGCACGGUCUACAAGAACUCCUCUCGAGAGGUCCUCAUGAACAUCCUAAAACAGGAGAGUCUGGAGAAGGAGUGCAUCACCCAUGCCCGAGAGAAAUGGUUGCCCCAGGAGACGGCGGAGUCCCUUCGCCAGUAUCAGUCGGCGCUGGCCCAGAGCGAGCUCACCCUGUGCCCCGUGGGCGUCAACGCAGAGUGCUACCGCAUCUACGAGGCGUGCGCGUACGGCUCUGUGCCCGUGGUGGAGGACGUGCAGACCAAGGGCCGCUGCACGGAGGGCCGCAGCUCCCCCCUGCGCCUCCUGAAGGAGGCCGGCGCCCCCUUCAUCUUCCUGAAGGACUGGAAGGAGCUGCCGGCCAUCCUGCAGAGGGAGAGGACCAUGAGCCAGGCCCAGAGGGAGGAGCGCCGCCGCGGCCUGCUGGAGUGGUACACCGGCUUCAGGCAACAGAUGAAGGAGCGCUUCACCGAGGUGCUGGAGGAGGCCUUCUUCAAAGGCAGCUGAGGAGAGAGAGAGAGAGAGAGAGAGAGAGAGAGAGAGAGAGAGAGAGAGAGAGAGAGAGAGAGAGAGAGAGAGAGAGAGAUCCUUUUUCAAAGCCAGGUGAGCAGCUAACUAACAUCGUCUUAAGAGGAGGAGGAGGACUGAGAUGGGACAUCUGUCAAACAGAUACCGUUCCUUCUGUUGCAUGGCAAACACUACUACUGUUUAUCAUUAAUAAUAGUCUAGGUACAUUCUUUUACAUAUGACGGGAAAUAACUUAGUGUAACACUCCAUACCCAGAAAACUGACAUGACCUGCUGACAAGUAACUGAUUUGAAACGUCUCUUGGAUUCCACUACAAACGCACACAAGCAGCUUAAAAGACUAUCCUCACCAAGACAAGAAGCAAGCAGAUACUAAAUAUCCCCAGGUAGUAUAUGGACACAGCAUGGGAUGGAGCUGUUCUGAACCUUGUACUUAAGCCAUUGAGUCACGGUUUUCUUUUCCAAACUGUAGUCCAACGCUGCUCGCAAGUUCUUUACCUGUUUCUGUAUGCAUUAUGCCUAGCUUGCUCCUACCCAUACUACCUGUGAUGCAACACAAAGGUUUUCUAGCAGUCAUGAUAGCCAGUCUGGGUUAUACACCAAUAGCUGAUGAUACAUUUGGACAUUUCUGCUCCUUUAACCACUAUGUGUUAGGACACCUAACAACACAAAUAACCCAGAGAAAGCACUUUCCAGUAUUCUUAGCAUUAUAUGUAAUUAAAGUGUUACUUUUUACCUUAAGUUGAGUGUGUAAAUAAUGUAGGUAAUAUUCUGACAGUGUUGGCUUGUAAAUCCAGUGAAAAUAAUAGCUGUUUUUUCCCUCCAUGUGUUACAUUUCCCACAGCCUCGCACAGUUCUUUUUAUAACAACAAAGUUCCCUUAAGUUAUAUAGGCUAUUUCUGUUUGUAUUUGUUAACUAAUUGGGAUAUGGUAUCAUCUUGCAGAUUUUAAGAUAAUGGGUAGGCAGCUGAAUGCACAAAGGUACACAUAUUUAAAAUAAUUGCCAAGAAAUUAAAUUUCUGGGUUUUUGUUUUGUUUAGUUUUUUAUUUGUUUCUCUUGCCAAGUUGUAUUGCAAAUCCAUUGUAUGCUGGGUGUCUGCUGAAAUGGCUGUGGUUAACACAAUUGAAAUUAAAUUAUUGUUUGUUUCUUUUUUAAAUAAGAAA